AUGUCUGGAGUGCAAGGCCGACCUCCGUACCCGCCGUUCACGGCAGAGACGGCCAAGAUCAAGGUCAAGGCGGCGCAGGAUGCGUGGAAUACCAAAGACCCACACAAAGUCAAGCUGGCCUACACCGAGGACAGCAUCUGGCGGAACCGUGACCAGUUCUUCACUGGGCGUGACUCCAUUGCCGAAUUUCUGACCAAGAAGUGGAAAAAGGAAGACGGCUACAGGCUCAGGAAGGAGUUGUUCGCCUUUGAUGGCAACAAGAUCGCGGUUCAGUUCUGGUACGAAUGGUUUGAUGCGACCGGCCAGUGGUGGAGAACGUACGGCCUGGAAGACUGGACCUUUGCAGACAAUGGCCUCAUGAGGAAGAGGCAGAUGAGCGGCAACGAUGUCAAGAUCAGCAACGACGAGAGGUGGUUCAAGGAUGGUGUCGAUGUCAAUGCGGUCGAUAUCUCCGAGAAGCACUGGUAG